UGUCGAUAGGCUCUCAACUUAAAUACUCAAGGUCGUGGGCUGUUUGUAAUCUUAAGAUUUUACUGUUGAUUACUCAGUAUACUAAAGUCAUUUUUUCGAAAUUGGAUAUGUAUAUGAGAGACUGUAUUAUUCAUCGCUAAUCAAAUGUUAGAGGAAAAACUACAUUUGGAGUUGGAAAAUUUAAAAACUGAUCUGACAGUGACUGUUCAGCAACUGAAUGCCAAGACACAAGCAGUUUCAAUUUUGAAUGCCUCAUUGGAAAAGUGCAAAAAAGAGAGAAAUGAGUUCAAGAGAAUGGCAGAACAAGUAAUGAAUCGAUACCAGAUGCUUAAAAAAACUCUUAUGGAAUGUGAUAAAGCAGACCAAUAUUCUACCCCUGAUAUAAUGCAUUUACCGACUAAACAACUUGCUUCUUUGUUAGUUGAAAGCAGGGAAGCUAACAAAAGUUUAGAACAUGAACUAAUGAAUUCUCGCGAAAAAAUUGAAGAACUCCAAGGAGAUAUUAAGGUGUUGAGGAGACAACUUAGCGAUCGUUCAUAUGAAAACCAGCACACAAUGGAUCCUAGAAUUUCUGGAAAUGAUCGCCAAACCUACGUAACUCAGUUGGAAGAGCUUACUUUUCAGGUUUCUGAACUCAAACGCGAAUUGGGGCAGUGUUUUGAUGAGAAGCAAGAAAUCGCAACGGAACGAGAUAUAUAUCGUAAUAAGUGUGAUCGAUUGAACAAUGAGUUAAAUUAUAUUUUAAGUGGAGAUGAACGAAAAAUUCAAGAUAUCGACACCUUAAUAACUGAAAGCAGAAUCUUGAAAGAGCAAAUCCAAUCGUUGGAAAUGGAAAAGUCUUUAGCAUUGAGCACAGUAGCUAAAUAUAAAAAACUUUUAGAUCGGAAGUUGUCAAAAAACUCAUCAGUUAGCAGUGAAAGUUGUAUAACACCAGCAACUUCACCUAAACAUCAAGAGAAGACAAUUUGAUAUGGAACAACAUUUCACUGAAGAUGCUCUUGAAACAGCUUUCAGAUGGAUGAGUAACCUGCAUUCGUAUUAUGCAUUCAAAUCAUGAUACUCGGACACAUUGUCAUUCAACAUCGCUGUGAUAUAUAUGCUCGUGUGAUUAUUAUUAUUAUUAUUAUUAUUAUUAUUAUUAUUAUUAUUAUUAUUAUUAUUAUUAUUAUUAUUAUUA